AUGGCAAAAGAACGGAGACCCACAAGAAGUUCAACAUUCCGGUGGGUUUCCCGAAAAGUUAUGCCGCCGGAGCCGGAGCCGUCGGCGAUCGGUUUCUUAUCGUUGGAAAUUACAGCUCUAAUGUCAAAGCUUGUUCAGCUAUGGAAUCGAUUAGAAGACAACGAAUUCUCAAGAGCAAAACAAAAUCUUUCAAACUCAAUUGGAAUCAGAAAACUAAUUUCAACCGAUGAAGCAUUUCUAACGGAACUUUUCAUGAAAGAAAUCGUCGAAGAUCUUCAAUAUAUCGCGAAAUCAAUCGUGAGAUUCGGGGCCAAAUGUUCUGACCCUGUUCUUCAUGAAUUUGAAAGAUUCGUCAAAGAUCCACUGAAGAACGAAUUCAAUUGGUUUGGAUGGCAAUACAAAUGGAAAAAAAUGGACAGAAGAGUGAAGAAAAUGCAGAGAUUUGUUGUGCUCACGGCGGAGCUGUGGAGAGAAAUGGAGAUUCUAGCGGAAGUUGAACGGAAUUUGAAGAGAACGACGACGAUUUUUUCAUUUUCCGGCGGCCAAGGAAAAUCGUUCAAGUACCGGAAGAAAAUUUCAUGGCACCGCCGCCGUGUGCAGAGCUUGAAAUUAAUAACUCCUUGGAACAGAACGUUUGAUUAUAUUUUUAGACUUUUCAUGAGAUCCAUGAUUACGAUUAUAGAACGAAUCAAAAUUGUUUUUGGGGUUAGGGAAAUGCGGCGGCCGGAGGAGAGUGGAGAGAAAUCCGCCGACCGUCUUGUCCCGGCGGUGAGUUACAGGUGGUCGGAAUUAGAAGAACAGGGGAAAAAACAGAAUUAUAACCACAGUCCGCCAUUGAUGAAGAUUUCUUCGGAGAGUAAAAGAUUUACUCAAUUUCCCCAUUUUCGAUCAUUCCGAGACUGUAAGAACAGAGAAAUUGGAUCUUCACAGCCGUCUCUGCCGGUACGCAAAACGUCAUCGUUGAAGGUGAAAAACAGAGCAGUUGACAGCAGAGCAUCAUCGUCACCAAAACGAACCAAUGGUGGACAUUAUUCAAUCUCAUCGUUCUUUAUCAAAGAAAAUUUAUCAAACUCACCUAAGAAUUCCCUCGGUGCCGCCGCCUUAGCGAUUCAUUACGGCAAAAUCGUGGUUUCGAUUGAGAAUUUGGCAUCGGCGCCUCACCUGAUCGGUAGCGAGGAACGAGACGAUUUGUUCAACAUGUUGCCGGUGAGUAUUGUGAAAGCUCUGAGAUUGCGACUGAGAAAGACGACGAAAGCUCGGCACUCAUCGCUGUACGAUCCAGUUUUGGCGGCGGAGAGUAAAUCCGCAAUGGCAAAAAUAUUGCAGUGGUUGGCUCCGAUGGCUCAUGACAUGAACACGUGGCAUUCAGAGCAGAGCUUUGAGAAGCAGCCGGAUUGCGAAGGCAACAGCGAUGGCGGCGGCAGUGGGUCGAGGUCGCAUGUGUUGCUGCUGCAGACCCUUCAUUAUGCAGACAGGGAGAAAACAGAGGACGCCAUUGUUGAGUUGCUUGUGGCUCUGAGCAAUAUUUGCAGUUCUAAUGAAGUUUGUGAGAAGAGACUAUUAAACCCACUUGGAGUUGAAGCUCAUAGGAAUUAUUUCAGUAGAAAUGAUGGGUUUUCCCAUUUUCAUGUAUAA